AUGGGGGGACACAAGCAUUCACAGAUUCAGCAAGUAGGAAAUGUUCCAGCUGGUUUCUUCGUUGGCACAUAUCCUGAGCGGGUAGCGGCUUCCAUCGUUCCUGAGAAUGCUGUGGACCAGGGGCAGGAAAGCUGGUCCUUGAACCGUCUCGUCAUGGCUAGAGGCCGGCCUCAUGGCCGGUCCAAGUCCGAUCACCGGGUCUGUCAGGCAGCUCGACAUGCACGUGCUGCUGAGUACAGAGAGAGGAUUGCCAUCAGCGCUGAGCAGCAGGAGGCGCGCAUCGCUGCUGUGAACGCUGAGUGCGAUCUUCAAGAUGCCCCUCAGAAACGAAGAAGCCAGAAGUCCAGUGGUCGGAAGAAAGAGGCAUGGACUGCUGGUGCGUCAGCACAGCGUGGGUCUUGCAAAGCAUCUGGGAGUGGAAAGAAAAAGGCAAGUCAGUACCUUGGGGAAGCGCUUGGCAAAGCUACAGAAAGAGACUUGCACAGCUUUCAUUGCCACGCGUGCGGCGCUACUGCAGAGUUUGGGUUGAGGGGAAGCAAGGAGGGGGGCAUCGUCAAGUACUCGUGCAGAGCGCACUCCACGUCCAAUGGUUGCUUUCGAGUGGACCGAGACCGCGCAGAUUGGGCAGAGGACCAAGAGCUGCGCCGCUUGAGAGCAGAGGAGAGAAGAUUGGAAGAGGAGCUGCGAAAGCUGGGAGGGACCUCGUUCGCAGCGGAACCAGCGGCAGCUUGGAAAGGAUUCCAAAGUAAGGGGGUUUGGGCUUCGGCACCCAUGAGCCAAUCGCUCAUAGCAAUGCUACUCACUAUCGGCGGAGUCGAACGCAACCCGGGCCCUACUUCAAAGGAGGAGAAAGAGCUGGCUUUGAAGACGAGCUGGCAGGAAGUAGAUCCUGAGAUUGACUCCGACCUGCUGGACCACCUGGCAAAGCAGCAGCUCACCUUGGAACGCUGGAGAGGGAUGACCGAUGACGGCCGCUCUAAGCUUCUUGACCGACUUGAACGCAGGUAUCCAGGGCCAGGGAACUGGUUGUUGGGCUGGACUGCGAUCUUCGAUAAAGCUGCGGGGGUUCCAUCCGGCCAUGCUAAAACCAGCUUCAAACGUUCCACAUGCCUUGAUACAUCAGACAUCGGGGUUCUUGCGAAGGGUCUGGUGAAGAAAAGGAGAUUGGAGCUUGAGCAAGCAGGAGAAGCGCAAAAGGGCCUCUUCGAGAUUGGUUGGAGCAUCCUGCCGCGGGCAAAACCUUUGGGUGUCAAGGAUCUACGUUUUCUAGUGCUGAAGGCAGAGCAGAAACUCGGAGUUGCGAUCACCAAGGGUUUGAAACGCAUCUACGAUCGGGUGAAGGCGAGAGGGGGAGACGAUGUGAAAGAGUGGAUAGACCAGAUGAAAAAGAUGGUUUACACAGACUCGUUUGUGGAGUUCAGCCUCACCAACUGGAACGACAUUGACUUACGGCAUGUAGCGGUAGAGGGGAACAAAGUCCGGCCAGCGUACCCGCUAGUACGAGAAGCGAUCGCCCACUUUGUGGAGCAGGUUCAAGGUCGGGCUGUCUUUUACAGUGACCAAGCAGUCUGGGCCGCUUUGUCCCAGGAGCUUGCGGGGGAGCGGGUACCGGCGGUAGCUGGACUGCUGACGGAGCGCUGCGCCAUCGGCGCAAUCAUUGAUGGUCAGGGCUACAAGGCAGUGCUAAAGAUGGAGAAGUCGGAGCAAGUCAAACUGGUGUUCUUCGACCGGAAUGCAGAGGCCUCUGCUGUGCUGACCGAACAAGAGGACUUCCGGAAGAGCGGACUUGAAACACGGAUUGCUUGCUUCGUGCCUCGGACGCCGUUCUACCCUGCCAUGGAUAUGGCCAUCGUGGUGUUCAAGAAGCCGAAGAACCAGCAAGGGUUUGUGGAGCGGCUCACGAAAGUUCAAAUGACACUGGAGUCAGCGCACGACCAUCGUCGCUCGACCCAGACCGCAAUGCAUAUUGGCAACGUGAAGCCGUGGCUGGGUGGUGCAGAGCUAGAAUCCGUGGACGUGGAUUUCUGCUACAUCGUGCCGGGUGCUCUUGUCAAGGGCAGGAUUUCACGGCAUACCGAGCCAGUAGAGGCAAAGUUGGGGACCACACGGGGACAAGCCGGAUCUGUACAAAUUGUUGCGCAUACUCACAUAGAGUUAGCUUUUGGCCAGCUAGAUGGAAAGCUAGGACAGGUGGAUAGGUGGCAGCGGGGGGGAAAAUAGUUGUACUAGCGAGAGCCGUCAAGCUGCCUUGAUUUCAAUAUGCACGCUCUUGUGUAUCCACUUUACUAUCUGAUCGCAGCCCUGAUGCUCCCCACCUUGUGAGCAAUUUCGGAGGACAAUCUGCUACAGAUUCUCCUUGCAUCAAAUCAG